AAUUUCAAAACAUCUGAUUGUCAAACUAAAAAACAAGAAAUAUAAAAAGUGGUAUUGUGCGAAUUUCGAGUGCGUAAUUGAUAAUACGUUGUUUACUACUUUUGUACAAACACUCUGAGCUUCGCCGAUAUGGCCGAUAUCACGCAGGCACAGCCCAAGCCUAAAGACAACACGCUUAAGCCGGCGAUCCGCGGCCACCAGCGCACACCGUCAGGCUCCCGGGACUUCAAGGAGGCGACGAAGCGAGAUGCCCUCGACCGGCUCGUCUCCGAGAUGGAGCGGCUGCUGGGGCCGCUGCCGGAGACCAAGCGAGCAGCACUCGAGAACGACUUCCGGGGGUUCCGGAAGCUGUUCUCCCGGUUCCUGGCUGAAGAGGGCCCAUCAGUCCAAUGGGACAAGAUCCAAAAGCUGCCGGAAGGAGCCGUGAUCGACUACAGCACCCUGGAGACGCCCACCACGGACCGCGUGCACCAAUUCCUCGACAAGCUGGUGGUGGUCAAACUGAACGGUGGUCUCGGCACGUCCAUGGGGUGUAAGGGACCGAAGUCGGUGAUCCAGGUCCGAAAUGACCUGACGUUCUUGGAUCUCACUGUCCAGCAGAUUGAGCACCUCAACAAAACCUACAAGUGCAGCGUGCCCCUCGUCCUCAUGAACUCGUUCAACACGGACGAGGACACGCAGAAGGUGAUCAGGAAAUACAAGGGUCUGGAGCUGCAGAUACACACCUUCAACCAGUCCACGCACCCGCGGCUCAACCGCGAGUCCCUGCUGCCGGUGGCGCGGACGCCGGACGUCCAGGCCGAUAUUGAGGCUUGGUACCCCCCCGGCCACGGCGACUUCUACGAGGCGUUCCACAACUCUGGUCUGCUGCAGCGGUUCCUCGCCGAAGGUCGGACCCACUGCUUCAUCAGCAACAUCGACAACCUCGGCGCCACCGUUGACCUUAACAUCCUCAACCACCUGCUGACCACGGCCGCUGCGCCGGAGUUCGUUAUGGAGGUGACAGACAAAACGCGCGCCGACGUGAAGGGCGGUACACUCAUCCAGUACGAGGACAAGCUCCGGCUACUGGAGAUCGCGCAGGUGCCCGCAGACCACGUCGACGACUUCAAGUCCGUCAGCCAGUUCAAGUUCUUCAACACCAACAACCUGUGGGCCAGCCUCGGCGCGAUCAGACGGGUGGUGGAACAAGGUUCUCUGAACAUGGAGAUAAUAGUGAACAACAAGUCCCUGGCGGAUGGAGUGAACGUGAUCCAGCUGGAGACGGCCGUCGGCGCCGCCAUGAAGUGCUUCGAGCACGGCAUUGGCGUCAACGUGCCGAGGAGCCGGUUCCUGCCGGUGAAGAAGACUUCAGACCUUCUGCUGGUGAUGUCGAACCUGUACAGCCUGGCGCACGGCUCCCUCGUCAUGUCGCCGCAGCGCAUGUUCCCCUCCACGCCGCUCGUCAAGCUCGGGGACAACCACUUCGCCAAGGUGAAGGAGUUCCUGAAGCGGUUCGCGACGAUCCCCGACCUCAUCGAGCUCGACCACCUCACCGUCUCCGGCGACGUCACCUUCGGCAGAGGGGUCUCACUCAAGGGCACAGUGAUAAUAAUCGCGAACCACGGGGACCGCAUCGACAUCCCGUCCGGCGCCUGCCUCGAGAACAAGAUCGUCUCCGGCAACCUGCGCAUUCUCGACCACUAGACACCGUACAUUUUUAAACGGGGAGGCACAAAAGUCCAUAUAAAAUGGCAAAAUUUAUUCUGCGUUCGUUCUGAAACGUAACCCAGUGUUUCAAGACAUUAAGAGCUGAUGCUAAGUACAACGUUCACGACAUCUUGAAUCAGACCCCAUAUUGUACUGGUGUGUCACUAGUAAGGCAAUCGUGACGUAUUAGUAGGUCUGUAGUGACUGCCGUAUUUGCAAUAAUGACAUCCGAGCAAAGUCACAUACGUCAAUGCACUGGCGUAUAUUUCGGAAUCAACAUUAUGACGUCACGAGCAUUGGUCAGCACUGGUUUAUAUUUCGGAACAAACACUCUGUGCCCCGUUAUUUUGAGUAGUGAUAUUGCAUUCGCUAGUUUUGAUAGCGAAGUUGGAUGUCAAAAUAUUGCAUAGGUUUUGACAGAACGCAUCGCUAAAUGUGCGUUUGCAAUGCGUUAAGCCAAAUCCAAUACGUUUUUGAUAUCGAACUUUGCUAUCAAAGCUAGCGAAGCCAACUUGACUAAGUACUUUGGAAAACCUUUGUCGAUAUGUGCAAGCAAAACUCGACCUUAAGUGUCUAAACACACUAUGCCAAAAUUCCGCGGCGGUAAUUCCGCAUG